UCCGAAGCCACUUCGGGUCUCGAAAUUCUCAUACUUAAUAUCCCAUAGAGCUGGCGGUUGUAUAACUAAAGUCUUGUACAGCAUAUGCUAAUGUUGUGUCUCGGAGACAAAAAAAGUGGAACGAACCAUUUCGGCGCGCUUGCGACACUGGCCCUUUCGGGCUGCGCACACGAUUUAUGGUCCCUUUGGUAUACAUAAUUUUACCAUUAAAUCUCACAAAAGGCCUUACGCAAGAGUAUAAUACCUAAUGUGUUGGCUUUCGUAUUAAAGGAGUUUGGAUGGUAUUUGGGCCGCUUCGUUACGAUUUGAAUGUCCUUUUAAGUAGCAUAUAGAUAGGAUUAAAAUAUUGUAUCCUUAACGGCGCAUGGAGACGUCUUUUCCAAAGUAGAAAAGAUUAGACGAACAAUUUUAUUUAUGCUGCUAGCCCUGAUCAUAAGAUGAAGUAAAAAUCCGUGCAAUCAGAAGCUUACCAUGACCUGUUUUGUUUCCAGAUGGCGCCGUCAGUGCUAGCGUCAGUGCUGCUGUUGCUAGCGUCGAGCUCCGCCCGCGAGCAGAGCCGCUGGUCGCGCCAGAUCAGCUCGUACACCGCCGACAUCAGCGACUGGGUGCCGCUGUCCGCGCCCGCGGAGCAGCCCUCCGCCGAGCUGAAGCGACAGGCCGUGGCCGAGCCGCGCAUCCUCUCGGAGCCCUUCCCGCCCUUCGCGCGCCCCGCCGCCGCCUUCAACCAGGACUUCCGCAGCCCGCCGCUCUACCAAAACCGCCCGCUCUACCUUCAGUCCGUCCCCUCCGUUCCCUCCGCCCCCCAAAACUUCCUGACCGACCAGGGCUUCGGACAGAGCAUACGAUUCGGCCUCUCCCAGCCCAACUUCCCGCUAAACCAAGGAUUCAUCUCACCGCAGUUCAACUACGACACCGUGCCGCAGAUCAAGCCCCGGCCGACCGUCCCGGCUAAUCCCGUCAAGUUCGAAAGUUUCCCGAAACCGCUUCCUUCCCCGCAAGCGAAACCUUUCCUGAGCCAGGCACCGAAGAAGCUCCCGCUCCCGCAAGGACCGAAGUUCGUCGACGGUUACCGGCUGGAGAACGCCAGCAACGACUUCGUUUUCAAUCAGAAGAAGCCACAGUCCCUUCAGAAGCUCAAGUUUGAAGGACCCAAGACAGAAACUGUAAUCCCUAACAAAUCUAAGUUAGAAAGAGAAGAAGUACAGUUACUGUAUGUCCCGGUGGAGUCUCUCAACCAAGGCCAAUUCAACUUCCGCAAUCCGCAAAUUCAAUACUCUACGCAAGGUCUUCCGAAACAAAAUCCGCUCAAGCAACCGUUCGUUAACGACUUCCAGAGACCCGCGAAACCGGCAGAACACGUUAACUUUGGACAAGAGUACUAUAACUACAAUCCUAAACUGCAAGAGUUCGACCAGGUGCCGAAGUUCUCGACCAUCCCCACGCCGUUCCCGACCGCGCCCCCUACCACCCCGCGCCCCAAGAAGCUGAAGCCGCACCAGCCGCCGCUCGCCGUGUUCUUGUCGAGAGAAGCUAAAAAAGGAUCUCAAGUAAAGGUCGGCGACGUUCUUUCUUCGCUGAAGAAUGCUAAUACGAUUGCCGUCUUGGACGCUGUGAACCCCCUAAAUGCACCCAAAGUAUUUAUCGGCCCGUCAACCCUGACGCCUCCGGAAAACUUCGUCAAGUUUGAAUUACCUUACUUGUCGAAUAUCGAGAACAGCGCUAACAAACUGAGACAGCUACCGUUCUUUGUCGCUCCGCUGAGCUACCACACCCCAGAAGGAUUUGCCAAGAUUCCCUUCCCGUCUCCUCACGUUGGGUCCGUGGUGAUCAACUCUCAGAUCAAGGACUCUUCGUCUGCGACUUCGACUACUCCAGAGGCUGAUGUUAUUCCUAAUUCAUACGUAGCUUCGCCUCCUUCUCAAAGACAAAACUCAGUAACUCAAAAACCCAACUUCAGUUAUUACAGUACGGUAGCACCGAAGACUAACGCUCCUGCUCAUCAAUCUGAAUACUAUUCUUUCGAACCGCAAACCGUCACUUCUAUCAGGCCUUCUAAGGAACCAGCCGAUAGCAUCAUUACUGCUCCGCCGAAAACUGGCUCGUAUUUCUUGAGCAACGAAGGACAACAGUACAGUCCUAAUCAGUACGCGGAAUACUCGCAAGAAAACUACAGCCAAGAGCAAGUUAGGCCGAACAUCGUGCGACAACCGAAGCCGACCACUCCCACCACGACCCGCCCUCCCAAGACCACCAGCAGACCGUCCUCCACCUACUCCAGCCAGCUGCUGGAGACGCACAACCCAUACUCGAUCAACCAGGCUUUCCACUUCAGCACUCCCUUGGAUUACAACCACUACUUAGAUGAGAAAGACAACUACUCUACACAGCCGCAGCAGCAGUUCAAGCCGCUGCCGUCUUCGUCGGCGUCACCCGCUCCCACCACUCCAAGCACCACGCUCAAACCUGAAGUCGUUACGGAAAAGCAGUCAUACCAAUCAACCCAGUCGAAUUACGCUCAGCAAAACUACUCGCCGGAGAUUCACUAUGAAUCCGAAAUUCAAAACUCUAGAUUCCCCGUUUAUAAUUCCAAUGAGUUCACAACCAAGACAGAAUACAACCGACCGGAGACCGUAAACACGAAUAACUUGGCCACCGUCAACAGCCCGCCCGCAGACACAGACAACAGAUACGUCGAAACCCAAGCCCCCGUGCAGGAAAACUACGCUGUAGUCAAUGAAAUACCGGCGACGGCAGCCGAUGCCGGCGUGCAGCCCACCAAUCCGUCAUACAACCAAUAUUACACCAGCUUCGUCAGUAACGAGAGCCAAGAAAGUUCAACGACCUCAACAUCCACCACCACGACGACUACAACCAGGAGGCCUCCCAUCAGGACUCGCGGGCGACCUCGCUACACCACCACCCCGAGAACCAACUCCAACGAAUCUACCACUAAGUAUACAGCUACACGCAGACCGCUUCGCGAGAGGAGGCCCUUGCCAACUAGAUCCAGAUAUGAACCCAACAAGAUCACCACUGAAAAACCUACGAGAAAACCAGUCGAUUCCAAUGAAAGCUCAACGAAAUCUUCCCCCUACUCCAGCAGAACCAGAACACGAGGACGCGUUCAGUUUAAGCCAUCCGAUAGUGACGAAGGUCAAUACAACAGAAACAAAGGCAGCAGCAAAGAGGAAGACCUGGCUUACCAGAGAGAUGUUCUUCACCAAAACUAUCCAGUUACUCUAAUGGAAAGAGGGAGCACUGUCGACGUUGAAGCCAUUACUGAGCCGGCUCCAAAAUUCCAAUCCACCAAGAACGUUGAAUCUUCUGCCACAUAUGAUACUGAAAAUGCUUACACUUACGAAAGAGCGUCCGUGAGCCAGCCCAUCGCUAACUCCGCGUCGAGCGAGCACACCUUCCCGUCGCGGUCCGAGGGCCGCACCGAGACGCCGUACGUGCCACACGUGCCCUCCACGAGGGAGGAGUACGUCUAUCACUCGAGGAGCAGCUCCGCCCCGGUCGACGCUAUUUCAUAUGACGAGUCUUCGCCAGACGAUGAAGACACUUACGCAAAACAAACUACUCCAAUCCAAAAAGACGCGAGUCCCGAAGUCUCCUACGCUACCGAAGCUGUCAGCCCUGUCACCGAGCAGGCUCCGAGCUAUUCAGUCACCAUCAGACAAGAAACAGCUACUCCAGAAUAUGACAAUGCUAAGUUCUUGAGCGAAGAAGUUAACCACGAAGAAGAAGUACAAACUACACCUUCUUACAAUAGGGUGCGCGUGCGACCCGGCCUCAUCAAACAGUAUCACCAAGCUUCCACUGAAUCGACGAAGACUAAGGAGAGAAAAAAUCCAGUACAAGCGAUCACUUACAGGCCCGCCUUCGAUAGACGCCGCACCACUAUGCGUAUCGAGGAGAUCGGUGAGGAUCUAAAGACCAAACAAGUGUUCGCCCGGCCCGAGGUCCAAGAGCACAGACACCCCGUGUACAAGCCGGAGCCCACCACCGAGCCACCGGCCACCGCCGCGCAGGAGCCCGCCACCAAGCGCGGCCAGUUCCGGCGCCGGCGCCCCUCCUACACCACCACCUCCACCGAGGCCACCAGCUCCAAGAAAACCUACGAAGUAAAGAAUAGGUUCAGAGGACGACGACCGACCACUGAAAAACCGACGGAGAAAACUGAAGCCCAAACCGAAGCAUCUACGACGACUAUCAGAAAUACUCUUCACAGCAGGUACAGCAACCGCCCGCGGCUGUCGGAGAGAUAUAAUAAGAAACAGGAAGCUGAGGAUCAAGAUCAGGAGCCCAACUACUCUAUCAACAGGCCAAAAUUCGCGGAACCAGAGACAGUCGAGUGGUCAGCCGAUUCUUUCAAACCUUACAACCCUAAUGACAUCAUCGAUGACAGGAAAGACUCCACGGCCGGUUUGCGUAGCGAUGACGACGGUGAACUGGACAUCAUAACGGCUAGAAACGAAUACGAUGAUAUUCUAAUUUCUGUUACACCGGCGACUAACCGACUGAACAAAAAGAUACCCGAUAUUCCUCCUACUCUGGAGGCCUUGGUGGAACAAAGCAAAGUAACCAAGAGUGACUCGCCUGACGCAAUGUCGACCUUCGAGAGCAUGCUAGAGGAGGUGAUGAAGAGCCUGGAGGAGCAGGACGAGGACGAGUACUCGAGCAGUGUGAUGAAGCACAAGGGCGGCGAGAUCGGCGAGAUCCCGCCGGAGAGGAUCAUCUCCUCGGGAGACAACGCCAAGCCGAGUACGCCAGAGGAGACUACGGCCACCGACCCCACAGAAGAGUCCAGCAUUCUUAGUGAGGAGGACAAAGACCGCAAGAGCCGCCGCCGCGGGUUCUGGAAGAAGGUGGCGGUGCGCCCCGCCACCACCGAGGCCAUCGAGGCGGCCGAGUCGCAGCACUACGCCGCCGCCGUCAACCGCCUGGCGCCGCCCGCCGGCAAGGCCGCCCACGACAAGCUCGCGCCCGCCAAGGUCACCACCUACAAACCCACUUUCGACAUCAAAGACAUCUUCACGGACGACUCCGUUGACGAACUUCCUACUGUAGACAUCCCCAAAAUAAACGCGCCGGAACCGACCCCUCUAGCCACCACGGAAAAUAUCCUGCAAAAAGAAACUCCAACGGAAAUGUCUCCUGGUGAUUUAGAUCUCGGAACCGGAUCCCCGGACCCGACCGUCGCCGAGCCCACGACUACAGAAGCCUCGACUGAAGCCAACAUUGACAGGAACGACGGUUUCAGCUUCAUGGACUACUUGUUUGGAACUACGGCUGAUGAAAAUGACAAGAAAGUCACUAAAGCUACGGAGAUCGAAGUGACGAUGGAGCCGGCUAAAAUUAGGAUAACUACGACAGAGAGCAAUGUGAUUCCUGAAGAGAUCACCGCUGUGGCAGAGAGCGAGGACACUGUUGAAGCUGUCACAGAAUUUACUGAGAUUAAGAAGUCGAACGCUACAGAGGCUGCUACGGAGGCGCAGCGCGACGCGACGGAGGCGGCGGUGGAGAGCACGUCGGUGUCGGGGUUCAUGGACCCCGCCGCCGUCGUCAGCACCUCCAUGUCCACCGAGGUCUCGCACGAGACCGAGAUCUGCUUCCGAGGGAAAUGCAUAAAGACCAGCAAGGACCUCUUAUAAACCGGGACGGGGACAGACAGACAGUGGUGCUAAAGACUGUGUUCAAAAUAUAGUGGAAUAUCAAUUAGUGAAUUGCUGAACAUUUUUUAAUUAAGACGAGUUACUAAAUGAUCUUACUUUAAUUUAUUAGUGUAUUUAAUGUCUCUGGUGAGAUUUUGUAAAUAGUUUAGAAUCACUCUUUACUUGAUUUCACCAUUUUACCUAUACCUACAGUAGGUAGUAAGAGUAUCUUGAUUUUUGUGGCCACAAGAAUUGAGUUCUGUGUAUAUUUACAGUUAAUGUUAUUCUAAUGUUAGGAUGACAUUUAGUAUUUUUUUUACUUUUUGUAUUAUAGGUAAAUAUUUCGACUGAGAAUAUUUUUGUAACCAUAAUUUAAGGAAUAGAAUUACGUGUUACUAUUUAUUUCUUCUUAUUAUUUGUACACACUUAAAAGGGCAUUUCUGAGUAUGUUUUACUUCGUUACAACCAUAAACCUACUUGUAGUAACGACAUGCUACUAUGUACCUAUUUCCCCAAAGCCAACUUACGUAAAUAAAUAAAUAAUUAAACUUAAUAUAGUUGUUGCUUCACACUCACCAAUGUUACUGCCUAAAGUGUAAUUUUAUAUUAAAAACGAAAAUAAAAUAAAUAAAUGA